AUCCAUUCAUACAACGAACGGUUGUGAUGAGUUUCACCAACGUCGAUGUGCGUUCUUCAACUCUUCCCCCGCUGGCCGGAGAACGCCCACCGGCCUAAGUUGCUUCCCUUUUGUCCUCCGAUUCGAUCGAUCGAUCGAUCGAAGACUUGACAACUGUGAGCUUCAAGAACCCUAGAUCGACUCGUCGCCUUCGAGGUCGGCAGAGGAAAUGAGUUUGUGAUCCCUCGGGGCGGCGAUGAAACCGAGAACCGCGAACUCACGCCACGCAAUCGAUUCGUGCACGCUGCUGCUCCACGCGUGGAAGCCCUUCCAAUUGCAAACGCUCGUUGCCGCGGAUCCACCCAGGUCGUAUCCCUUCCGCGCCAAGAAGCCCUGCCUCGCCGAUCGGUCCACCGCCCCCUCCCCCGCCAACGCAGUUGGCCUCGACAUAUCGCGGCUCAGCCUGAAAGACGACCCCCCGCCGCCUCGGCCGCCAAGACGGGAGGAGGGGCUCCGGUGGUUCGCGGGGAAGCGGCGGCGGCGGCAUGGAUCGCGGUCGAUCUCCGGUCGCAGCUCCGAUCGCAGCGGGACCCGACCCCGGGGCGGCGUCUCGGCGACGUACGCUACCUGCUCUGACUUCCCGCUGGCUGCUGGUGGAACGGAUUCGAGCGGGGAGUUUUUCGUGAUCGGGGACUGGAGCUGGGGAUCGGAUGCCAGCGAGGCGGCCCGGGUGACGAGGAGAGAGGGGAGGGAGGUCGCAGUAGGAGUGAGGUUGGAAAGGGAAACCUCCGGGUUUGGGGGAAUUCCAGGCGUUGGAGGUGCAGGGAUGCUGGAAUCACAGGCGAACGAAUCCGGCUAUGGAAGCGAGGCUGGAUACAGGGGUGAUGGGGAGCUCGGCUACGACGACGAAAUUGAGGAUGAGGAUGAAGAUGAUGAUGGGAAACAGUUGUUCUGGGGUGAAGAACUCGGAGCCACAGAUGCUGAUCAGAUGGAAAUUGUCAGCGAGAACAAGUUUGCAGAGCAGAAGGCCCACCACCGAGGCAGGCACAGGAAGCAUGACUGGAGAAUAAUGGCCUCCUUGAGCAAGCCAUGUUAAAGCCAGAGCUUCUGCUGCCAUCAUAUCCAUCUCAAGCCUUCUGCGUGAACAACCAACCAAUCUGCACAACUGCUACACUACUUGCAAUCAUAAUUUUUGGACUGAGAUGAUAUCAUCAGAUACUAUUGCCGUCUGAGAUGACCACAUAAUCCACUAUCGAAAAGUAAGAGCGUUUGGACUGUUGGCAAUUUUAUGUGAACGAAAAAUUCAAUUUUGAAUAGCAUUAUUGAGAAUAACAUAUGCAUGUUUCCUAGCAAAGACAUUAUUGGUGUUAGUUGCACCAAAAUACUGCAGGUGAUGGCUAUUUUUGAUUUUUAGUGCUACAUACUGAUGAAAAAGAUUGGCAUUCAGCAAUACGACCAACACUUGUCGUC